AUGUAUGCAGAUCGUGAAGAGGCUGCUCUGGCAGAGAGAAAGAAACGCCAAGAGAAGGGUACAUUGAAACGUACAAAACAAAGAGAGAGUUGGUCUUAUUCAUCUUCAGUCAGUCGUAGCGUUUCGCCAUCUCGAUCCAGAUCUCGUUCACGCUCACCAUCUCGCAUUUCCCCUCGUCGUCCUGGAGAUGUUGAAAAUCGAGAACGUGAAUUACAAGAACAGCUUCGUAAGCGUGCUAUGAUGUCCAAAAGAUCUCGUUCGUCUGUCAAUGCAUCCAACGAUCAACCUUCUGGCUCACCUGAUGCCAAAGAAGACGAUUCAAGAAGAACAGCCAAAGCAAGAUCAAGCAGAAGUCCUGAUGCAGAUCAUAGACGAACCAGAGAAAGAAGUGAAAGAAGGCAAGGACGUCGUGACUUGUUGGAUAGACACUCCGAAGACAGGUCAGAUGAUGAGGGCAGGAAGUCUUCUAAACGACACAGAAGCCGAAGAGACAGCGCAUACGAUGAAGGUCGCGAAGAGGAAGAAAGCUCAAAGCGCAGACGCCGUCGAAAAGAGCGAGAUCAUGACGAUGACUUCGAUCGUCGAAGUAGCAACAAAGAUUAUGAUUCUCGUCAUGGUGGCGAUUCAGAAAGUGGCAGUCAUUAUGAGAAGCGCGAUCGUCGCACUCGUCGCUCAUCUCGAGCUUCAGAAGACGAUUCAAUGCGUAAAAGUAGAAGAUCAGACCAUCGUUCAGGACGCUAUUUUGACAGCCCUCGUAGCAACGGCGGCGGAGGAUAUUAUGAUUCGUAUUACGGACAUUAUGACAACAGGUACGGGCCUCAACAGCCGUACUAUGAACCUUAUCGAUACGAAAGCCCGCCACCACGCAGAAGACGCAGUGAAAGCAGAGCAAGAUCUCCCGAUCUCGACGACUACGAGAUGCGCUCGAUCUUCUGCUCGCAAUUGGCAGCCCGUCUUACCCAACGUGAUCUUGGGGAAUUCUUUGAGGAUAAAUUAGGCGAAGGAACAGUGAUGGAUGUAAGAAUUGUUAUGGACAAAGUGACGGGUCGCAGUAAAGGAGUUGGCUAUGUAGAGCUGAAGGAAGAACAACUAGUCGAAAAAGCUCUCUUUUUGUCAGGUACAGUGCUGUUCGGGAUUCCUAUCAUUGUGCAAAAAACGGAUGCAGCUCGUAAUAAGGGCGGUGAAGCAUCCUCUGCUGCAGGUGCUCCUGCUCGACCUAAUCUUCCUGUUGCUCUAUCUGCUCUCUCACCCGAACAGGCAGCAAAUCUGAUCAAGCUAGAUGGCAAUCCGAUUCACAUCGACCCCGGUAACAUUCCAAGCGUUUCAGCAAGACUUUAUGUUGGUAAUUUGCACUUCAGUCUAACCGAGGCUGAUAUUAAAUCCGUUUUCGAACCUUUUGGCGCAAUCUUGAGUGUUGACUUGCAUCGUGAGCUUGGAACGCUAAAAAGUAAAGGAUUUGCCUUUGUCCAAUUUAUCAAUACAGAUGUAGCAGAAAAGGCUAUCGAGCAUAUGAAUGGUUUCGAAUUGGCAGGUCGCAAUAUCAAGGUGAAUCAUGUUAACUCUGCUCGUGCAUCCGGAGCAGUGCCUUCCACAUCGAGUGGAAGCGAAGGUAAUGUACCUGCUAAUGCAUCGGGUCAUAACGUCCCCGAUUCAAAUGAUAUGUCGGGUGCAGGUGCUACGUUGACUUCGUCAUUCGAUGAAGGUGGAGGAGGCGGUCUUACUGCAAGCAGUCGUGCUGCUUUGAUGGAAAAACUUGCCAGAAUCGAUCGCCAAUCAGAAGUCAGUGAUGCAGCGAAUGCAAAAAAGUCUACUGAACAAAAUCGUCCUUCGAAUAUCCCACAGGCAAAGAGCAGAGGUGUUCAUUUGAAGAAUAUGUUUAAUCCUGAAGAAGAAACCGAACGCGGAUGGGAAGUAGAAUUGGCCGAAGAUAUCAAGGAAGAGUGCCAGCAGAAAUACGGAAAAGUAGAUACGGUCAAAGUUGAUAUAAACAGCAUGGGUGAAGUGUACAUUCGUUUCGUAGACGUAGAAGGUGCUGAGAAAGCCGUUCAAGGACUCAAUGGACGCUUCUUUGGUGGUCGUUCGAUUUCUGCCACAUUUAUCAGCGAAGGUUUCCUUGUUUCUAUGCUAAGCUAG